CGCAGUGGAAUUCAACAUGGACACCAUUAAGGAUGACGACCUGACAAGAUAUGCUGUCAUUCUGAUUUUCACAGGAUCGAAGCAAUUAACAUAUACUUUUUACCUGCGAAAUGCUGCAGGUAACAUGGCUCUUAACGAUGCAUAUAAAUAAUACAUUAAUUUUAGUAACAUUUAAAAGGCAGUAUUAUGAGAUUUACUAUAGAACGUACAAGCAUUUUUUCCUCCAUUAAAAGGAUUUACUCAAUACAAAAAGUUAUCUAAGAAACAAAAAUUGGACUUAAGACUUUAUAAAAAGUAUACGUUCUCUGGGCAAGGGAAAUCUUAUCUGCUUAAAUACAUGAAAACUUUCUUCAAUGAGUCACACAGAUGAGAAUAUAUCAAUCUGCCGAAUUUGCAUUUUGUUUUUGUUUGUUAGCUUCUUAAGCCUGUAGCUAAGCAUAGUUCACUAGUUGGUCAUGAAUUUGUAUAAGAUCGGUGCAAAAUUGCUACUAGCAGAAAUGUUAAGCACCAUUUUUGUAAUCUCCACCAGAAACCACAGAAAAUGUUUGCUUCCUUGGAGCUACACAUAAAGUCGUCUACGCCCAACUUGGUGAUUCACCAGCGGUAUGCGUUCAUACAUACGGUGUCCUACAGGACGACGUCAUGAUCGAUAACACCACGCACGUCAUCGACAGUGACGUCACCGCAACGAAACUAAACGUGUCACACGUUUGGAGUGGAGAGUUGAGCUCUUCUUAUAUCGAAAUCAAGAUUGUCAACGUCAGCCUGGGUGACUGCAAGAGAUAUGACGUCAGAGUGACACACUUGGACAGGAACUACUCGUUCGAAGUGAAAAUGAAACGAGGUUAGAACAGACAAAUGAUCACAAAUAAUAAUUAUCUUAAUUCUUGGAUAGGUCUGUAAAAGCUGUGUGCGAUGGGUACACAAAUUAGUACAUCACAGGAGUUAGACUUAUUUGCUGACUUUUGAUGAAGUGCGUUGCUCAAACUCAUGUUUUGCCAAGUAGCGUUAGCUGAUGUGAGGUUCACGUAUCGUCACCGCCACAAUAGUGUUAAUAAAGGAUUUUCGUAGAAACAUAUAUUGUUUUUCAUCGACAUUAUACAGAUGAAGACAAAUUACACAAUUUAAAUUUUCAUAAACUGUUUCGUCACAGGAUUACAUUGUUGGGUAAAACGUCCCGGGAUUACAUUGUUGGGUAAAACGUCACGGGAUUACAUUGUUGGGUAAAACGUCACGGGAUUACAUUGUUGGGUAAAACGUCACGGGAUUACAUUGUUUGGGUAAAGCGUGACGGGAUUACAUUGUUGGGUAAAACGUCACGGGAUUACAUUGUUGGGUAAAACGUCACGGGAUUACAUUGUUGGGUAAAACGUCACGGGAUUACAUUGUUGGGUAAAACGUCACGGGAUUACAUUGUUGGUUAAAACAAAAAUGAUGGUAUUGAAUUAAAGGAAACGCUAUGUUUGUGCUAGAGAGCAGAUCAGGGGUUCUCAAGUUGAUGGGUUUACGUGAAAAGCCUUGAGAAAUCCAUGAGCUGUAUUUCCAUAGUAAGUUUUAAUAUUUUAUUUUAUUUAAUUGUGUCCCGAGGCUUUCUCUGACUUGCUAACGUAUCACUUUCAAACAUCAUGUUAAGAAUCCCUUUGUGUAAAGGUAGCGUUUUUCUGUGUUAUUUGGGGUAAAUUAAAAGACGUAUUAAGGAUAACCAUAUGUGAAAUACUCAGCUACUACAAAAUCAAUAAUUAAUUUGCUAUUUGGCUUCUCUCAGGGCCACCACGGAUAAGAUCGUUCAGGGUUGAUCAAAGUCCACUGCUUACACUUCACAAUAAUGUUACAGUGUACGUUUUGACAAAAGGCUACAAUGUAAUCCAGACUUGUGAAGCUGAGUUCACCAACCAGACAUUUCAACUGUCCAUCACGAAGGGUGAAUUGACGACACUUAACACGACUGAAAAUAAG